UCUCUGAUUUUAAACUUAAUGUUGUCCUUGGUUCUCCCCAGGGUCAAGAUGACCACAGCCACCCCUGUGGGAGACACCCCCUUCUCCUUGAACGUGACCAACAGGGAAGAAGACUUUCUGUACAAGAGUUCGGGAGCCAUCGUUGCCGCCAUCGUGGUGCUUGUCAUCAUCAUCUUCACUGUUGUCCUGAUCCUGCUGAAGAUCUACAACAGGAAAAUGAGGACAAGGCGGGAACUGGAGCCCAAGGGCCCCAAACCGGCGCCCCCUUCUGCCCUGGGCACAAGCAGCAACAGUAGCCAACAUCCAGCCACUGUGACCUUCAGCCCAGUUGAUGUCCACGUGGAUACUCGGUGACCCCCACCUUGAUGCUGUCUUGGCCACUGCCUAGGGAGUCUUCUCCAGUCAAGACCAAGAAGCACUUUCUCUUCUGGCAGCUUCACUGAGUUCCUUCUGGUCAAGUUGACAGGGGCAUUUAGGCUUCAGGCAACACCCAACCCUGUCCAGCUCCACCCGCCCCCAGCACAUCCUUGUCCCUGUUGCCACCCCCCCCCAAAAAAAGCUGUGGGGCAUUCCUGUUUCCUGACAAGGCGGUGCUCUGUAGAGAAUUCCCCUAGGUGGGUUUAGCUCUCGCUUCCCCCCAAACACGUGCGCUAGAUAGACAGACAAACUGCCAGAUGCCAAGUCUUCUGCUCAGGAGUCAGGGUUCAGGGCCAGGCCCUGAGAGUCUUAAGUGGGUCAUGUCAGAGUAAAGGCCAAGUCCACAGCUUCAGAACAAGAGUCAAUUCCCAUAACCAGGCACAGGGGAACUAACUUGGACUAACUAACCAGAAAUCAACCUGUUAACUAAUCACUUGUUCCAGAACUAGAUGACUGUUAACUGUCUCAUGAUGAACAGUGAGCAUGUUUUUCCCUCUUUACGAAUGGUUACUGGAAAAACCUUUCUUCUUGAAAGGUUUCAUUAGCACAGAGUCAAAGUAAAAAGGAGGUUGGGAUUUGGAAAAGGGGCCUUGGGGAUAUUGGGUCGGAGGACAGAUGCUUUUGGCCCAGAUUGUGGGCCUAGAACAAACCUGCUGGCUGGCCAGUUCCCUCCUUCCCUUCCAUCUGGGGCUGGAUUAACCUUGACUCAGUCUUAUUUCUUGGCUCCCCUUCAGUGUGGAUUCUAAAUAAUCCCAACUUCAAGUUAACACCUUAUCUCCAAGGACUAGUAUUUGGAUAUCAGUUAGAUUACAGCUCUAUUUAUAUUACCUAUGCCCUUCCUGGUCACCUUGCAGGGGAGCACUGGACAAAUUUAAAAGUACCACCUUCACAAACCAUUCUCUGUAGUGAACUAAUCCCCUGGCCUCCUUAACCUGGAGAACAAUCUACUGAGAGUGGAAAGCAUUUGGGAAUUAAGAAGACCUACCUGAAAGCCCUACUUCCUGGCUAUGUGACCUUGGAAAUGACACUCAACUUCUCCGUAUUUGGUUUCCUAACCCCAAGGGAAAUGAUGACAUCUGCCUCACUGGGUCACCACAAGUCAAGGACUUAGUAAAGCAGAAGGCAUCACCUGCACCCAGCAGAGACUCAAUGAUCUGGAAGUAGCAAUAGUGUCUCUAGUUGCAAGGCAGUAGCGGUUCACAUUUCAAUGAUUCUGAAAUCAGAAUAUGUCUUAAAAUUGAUGGUUCCCUUAAUGUAGUUUAUUUUUCUUCUUUCUCUUUUAAAAAGCUAUACUAUAAUCAAUUGCACAUCUUACAGUUGAUGGCAUCUUGGAAAAAAAAGGUUCAGAAAGUGACACAUUAACCUCAAAUUCUAGGACUCUCUUCUUGGGGUCAGAAAUCCCUUUUGAGGGGAAUACCAAGAGUCAGCUCAUGUCAUCUCAUUAUAAAAAGUCCUUACUCAAUUAUGUCUGGAAAGCUACUGGCAAAUUCUCCCAUCCUAUGUCUCUUUUUUCCCUACUGUGCUUAAUUCUCCACCAAGAACCAGACACUUUGCAAGGUGCUUUCAUACAAAAUUAUCUCAUUGGCUUUAUAUCUCCCAGUAACUCCAGGAAAUGCUUUUUUUUUUUUCUAUUUGAAGAUGAGAACUUCAAGCUCAAAAAGAAAAAAAUAUUUGUCCAAAUCAUACAGCUAGUAAAAUGCAAGACAAGACUCAGACCCAGACCUCCUUGGCUGCAAAGUCCACCCUAUUGUUGUAUUACCCGCUCUUUGCUACCAUUUGGUUCAAAGAACAUGGGGUCUUUGUGGGGUGAAUAAAAGGGGAGGUUGUCCAUGUGUCUGAGUUUAGGUCAGGAAGUUUCCAAACCUAGGACAUCCUAGGUUUGGGGCCUCAGAAUCAUAGCCAAAGUUUCCUUCCUAAGCCCACCUGCCCCGUGAGGCUUCCUGCCCCUUUCACCCAAUCACCUCAGCCCAAGGAGCAAGGGGCUGGCAUCUAACCAAGGCAAAGCCAUCAGUUUAAGGAUUACCACCACCACAGAUAGAUUUACUUCCCCAAAAUUCUGUUUUAAAUUGGGAGGGGAAGGAGAGGGUUGGAAAGUUCCAGUCUCUUCUGCCCACAGUGGAAUCUUCCUGUACUAUAUGUUCUUGUGAAAGCUGAAAAGUGGAGGGAAGAAGAGGCUGCAGAGAGGUGAGGGAGAAGCAAAUAGAUGGGUUUUAGUCUUUUUAACUAAUGACAGUAACUCCAUAAGCAUCCUUUGAGGGUGCCUGUGUACAAGUUGAGGUGCUAGCAAACACGUUAUGUCACAGUGUCCACUCUCAGCUGGCCGCCCGUGACAGGGAUCUUGCCACACAGUUGUAUAACUUGUUUCUGACAGGUGCCCUCCCUGGCUGACCAGAGGCUGCUUUAUUUGGCCACUGAAUCAAUUAAAGAUAUGAAAUGCUUAAA